UCCAGUUUAGCUUGUUGCGCAUCAUCGCAUGCCAUCUACUCUUUGAGAAGUGGUGGGGUCCUUGUGGCAACGAAAAGCGAAGCAAGAUUUUAGAAAAUGCAAAAAGUUUGCUCGGUGCUUAUUUUUUUGCAGUGGGAAUAUGUUUAUGACAGAUGUGCAAGGGAAAAUGAGAGAGUGAGGACAGGGAUGUCGGUGUAUCCAUGGACCCAUACAAAAUGCUCUUGUUCUUCUCUCUCAUGAGGACAAACCUUCGGGAGACGUGACUUACGGCGGUUUUGUGCUGAGAACACUUCCAGUGGGAUCUGGAUUGAUUUUAUUAACAUUUGUUUUAGUGAACAGAUUUAAGUUAGAAUUUGACAUUUUGAGUCUCGAAUGAUAUUUUUUUAUAUUUUUGCUUAUUGGGUUUGAAUUUUAUGCGGACAAUUGUUGUGUUGCUUUAUAACCUACCCACUCGAUGUAGACGUGCGUCGACUUUUAUUCACAAGAAGUGCUAUAGCCCACGGUCAAAGAAGUCAAGGCUUGAAUUCUAACUUCAAAACGGAGGAAUAUUUAUUUGUGAACAACUCGACAUGGGGAUAUUAAUAUUUAUCAUCACUUGUUGCCUUGGCUAAGAACAUUAUGAUGGACUAAAACAAGUAUUUCUUCUGUCAGAUCUGUUGCUGUAACCUACCCCGCCCUGCUUCCCAGGGGCUAACCCUUUCCCCUCUAUUCUGUUUUCCUUACUCCUCGCAGAAUGGCCCGGUUCGGAGACGACGUCCCCGGCUUGUUGGGCUCUGGGGAUGGGGGCUCUGAGCGCAACAGGACCCGGGAGGGACCGGCUCUGUCUACAGGUGGUGGAGUGUCCCCAGCCUUCAAACAGACCAAGGCGCAGAGAGCCCGCACCAUGGCCCUGUACAACCCCAUCCCUGUCAGACAGAACUGUUUCACCGUAAAUAGAUCACUCUUCAUUUUCGGAGAGGACAACAUUGUUCGGAAGUACGCAAAGAAGGUCAUAGAGUGGCCUCCGUUUGAGUACAUGAUCUUAGCCACCAUCAUCGCCAACUGUAUCGUACUGGCUUUGGAGCAGCACCUGCCUGGAGAGGACAAGACUCCCAUGUCCAAGAGACUGGAAAAGACAGAGCCUUACUUCAUUGGGAUGUUCUGCUUUGAAGCUGGGAUUAAGGUUGUGGCGUUGGGAUUUGUAUUCCAUAAAGGAUCCUACUUGAGGAACGGCUGGAACGUCAUGGACUUCAUUGUGGUUCUGAGUGGGAUUCUGGCCACAGCGGGAGCUCACAUGAACAUCCCAGUGGACCUGCGGACCCUGAGGGCCGUACGCGUGCUCAGACCCCUCAAACUGGUCUCUGGAAUCCCCAGCCUGCAGAUAGUCCUGAAAUCCAUCAUGAAAGCCAUGGUGCCGCUGCUCCAGAUCGGCCUGCUGCUCUUCUUUGCCAUUCUCAUGUUUGCCAUCAUCGGCCUGGAGUUCUACAGCGGAAAGCUCCACAACACCUGUCUGCCCAUGCCAAAUAUCCUGGAGAAUGAGACGGUGGACAAGUCGGAGUCAGAGUUCCCGUGUGGGGUGAGGAAGUGCCCUGACAAGUACGCCUGCAGUGAAACCUGGAUCGGCCCCAACGAUGGCAUCACCCAGUUUGACAACAUCCUGUUUGCUGUGCUCACCGUCUUCCAGUGCAUCACCAUGGAGGGCUGGACCACCGUGCUCUACAAUACCAACGAUGCCUUAGGCCCCACGUGGAACUGCAUGUACUUCAUCCCUCUGAUAAUCAUCGGCUCCUUCUUCGUGCUGAACCUGGUUUUGGGAGUUCUCUCAGGGGAGUUUGCCAAGGAGAGGGAGCGGGUGGAAAACCGCAGGGCAUUCAUGAAGCUCCGGAGGCAACAGCAAAUUGAGCGGGAACUCAAUGGCUACCGAGCCUGGAUCGACAGAGCAGAAGAGGUGAUGCUUGCGGAGGAGAAUAAGAAUUUAGGACCUUCCGCUCUUGAUGUGCUGAAGAGGACCACCAUCAAGAGGAGAGGGGUGGAUGCCGUCCAUCGGGGCCCAGAGGAGGAGCAGUACGGUGACAUCUCUUCUGUGGGCAUCCCGAUGACCAGAGCCAGCAUCAGGAGUGCUAAGAGAGGACCCACGGCUUAUUUCAAGCGGAAGGAGCGUCUGCUGCGUAUCUCUAUCCGCCGCAUGGUGAAGACACAUACCUUCUACUGGACCGUACUGGGCCUGGUGGCCCUCAACACACUCUGUGUGGCCAUCGUCCAUCACAACCAGCCCCACUGGCUGUCUGUGUUCCUCUACUAUGCAGAGUUUCUCUUCCUGGGUCUGUUUCUCACUGAGAUGUGUUUAAAGAUGUACAGCCUGGGUCCCAGACUCUACUUCCACUCCGCCUUCAACCGCUUCGACUGCGGCGUGAUAGUGGGCAGUAUCUUUGAGGUGAUGUGGGGGUUCUUCAGGCCUGACAUGUCCUUCGGCAUCAGUGUGCUGCGCGCUCUCCGUCUGCUGAGGAUAUUCAAGAUCACCAAGUACUGGGCGUCGCUGAGGAACCUGGUGGUAUCUCUGAUGAAUUCUAUGAAGUCCAUCAUCAGCCUCAUCUUCCUCCUCUUCCUCUUCAUCCUGGUCUUUGCUCUGCUGGGCAUGCAGCUAUUCGGUGGCAGGUUCAUCUUUGAAGACUACACUCCUACAAACUUUGACACAUUUCCUGCUGCCAUCAUGACUGUCUUUCAGAUCCUGACAGGAGAAGACUGGAAUGAGGUGAUGUACAAUGGGAUCCGCUCCCAGGGAGGAGUGAAGUCAGGAAUGUGGUCCUCCAUAUACUUCAUUGUGCUCACACUCUUUGGUAACUACACACUGCUGAAUGUCUUCUUGGCCAUUGCUGUGGACAAUCUGGCUAAUGCCCAGGAACUAACCAAGGACGAAGAGGACGAAGAGGCUGCUUUCAAUCAGAAACAUGCUCUCCAAAAAGCCAAGGAAGUUGGGGCCAUGUCUUCCCUGAUGUCAUCACACAGGAGGAGGAGACCUUACCUGUACAGGAAAAGAGCGAUACACAGGAGCCGGCCUGCCUACUCUCUGGAGGAGGCUGAGAGCCUCGCCGAGGGGCCCCCCUGCCCGCCACUGAAUUCCUCUAACUCUUUCAUGUCCAGGGGAGAGAGGAGAAGACGGAUGACCAUGUCUGUGUGGGAGCAGAGAACCAGCCAACUGCGCAGGCACCGGCAGAUGUCCAGCCGAGAGAUCCUCUUCAGCAGCCCCAGUGAGGAGCAGGAAGCGCCCCCUGGAUGCCCCCACAGCCUCAAAGCCACAGGCACAGGCAGCCUGAAGCUGGCUGACCCCACGGCUGACCCUACGGCCUCCACAGCUCAGCCCCCCAAGCCCAUGGACCAAACUCUAGAGGAGCCACCCCUGUCCAUGGGGGUCCUUGAGGCCCCCUUGUCCGUCCCUUUAGCAGAGCCACCCAUACCCAUCGACAGUCCCCUGCCUGACCCCCCCACGUCCACAGUUGUGUCCAUUCCGGAGCCCACUGAAUCUGAGCCAUGCCCAGAGGGCCAGCUUGAUGACACCGACCACUGCCACCCAGGUCUCAAUGGCCGCAGGAGCCCCAGGUUAAAUGGGGAGAGAAGGCAGAGAGCAGUGCGUAAGUUCCGCCCUCCUGCUGGUGACACCCUGACCCCUGACAUGGCAGCGAUGAGGCUCAGGAGGCCAAGGGGCACAGGGCACCAGGAAGCCCAGGUUGGGGCUAGAGGCCUGGACUCACCCCAGGGGGAAGGGAGCAGUCGCUCUGUCAGCAAGGAGAGAAAGACCCCAGAGGAACGACAGGACAAGGAGAGGAGAGCCUGUAACACGGGAGAGACCAGCCAGCCUUCUGAGACCAGAGAAGCUGAACACAGACAGGGUGACCCUAACCAGGCUGGGGGUCCUGAGCUGCAGAAGAGGGAGGAGGGUCCACAGUCAGAACCACCCCCCAUUCAGCCAUUUCAGGCUGCAGUACCGGAGCUCCCAGAGGGCCAGACAAGAGACAGUGAUACUGGUAACAACGCCACCACUCUGAUCCAGGAUAAGUCCCCCAUGAGCUCCAGUAUCUACAUAGAGGUGACCAAUGUUCAGUCUUCAUUAGAGCUCACCCCCAUCACAGGUAACAGUAAAGACAUGGAGGCGUCCAAGCCUGUGAAAGAAGAGGAGCAGUUGACCAGCCCAGCCAAUAUUGUCACGCCUGACAGCAUGUUCAUCUUCAAACCUGGAAACCCGAUCCGCCGGGCCUGUCACUAUGUGGUGAACCUGCGUUACUUUGAGACAUGCAUCCUGCUGGUGAUCGCUGCCAGCAGUAUCGCCCUGGCUGCAGAGGACCCCGUGUCAGCCACCUCUAACUGGAACAAAGUUUUGCGUUACUUUGACUACGUGUUCACAGGUGUCUUUACAUUUGAAAUGAUAAUAAAGAUGAUAGACCAGGGCUUGAUUCUCCAUGACGGCUCCUAUUUCCGGGACCUGUGGAACAUUCUAGACUUUAUUGUGGUGAUCGGAGCUCUGGUGGCCUUCGCCCUCACAAAUAAUAAAGGACGGGACAUCAAAACCAUCAAGUCUCUUCGGGUCCUGCGUGUCCUGAGGCCCCUGAAGACCAUCAAGAGACUACCGAAACUUAAGGCAGUGUUUGACUGUGUGGUGACCUCUCUGAAGAACGUCUUCAACAUCCUCAUCGUCUACAAGCUCUUCAUGUUCAUCUUCGCCGUCAUCGCUGUGCAGCUGUUCAAAGGGAAGUUUUUCUACUGCACAGACGGAUCCAAAGACACAGAGAAGGACUGCCAAGGCUUCUACAUUGACUAUGAGAAGGAUAAAAAGGAAGUGAAGAGAAGGGAUUGGAGGAGACAUGACUUCCACUAUGACAACAUAGUCUGGGCCCUACUCACUCUGUUUACUGUCUCCACUGGGGAGGGCUGGCCACAGGUCCUGCAGCACUCUGUGGACGUGACAGAAGAGGACAGAGGUCCCAGCAGGGGCAACAGGAUGGAGAUGUCCAUAUUCUAUGUCAUCUACUUUGUGGUCUUUCCCUUCUUCUUCGUCAACAUCUUUGUGGCUCUCAUCAUUAUCACCUUCCAGGAGCAGGGAGACAAGAUGAUGGAGGAAUGCAGCUUGGAGAAGAAUGAGAGGGCUUGCAUUGACUUUGCCAUAAGUGCCAAACCCCUGACCCGCUACAUGCCUCAGAACAGGCAGACGUUCCAGUACCGCCUCUGGCACUUUGUGGUCUCCCCCUCCUUCGAAUACACUGUGCUGGCCAUGAUUGCACUCAACACCAUUGUCCUGAUGAUGAAGUAUUACUCUGCCCCACCAGCAUAUGAGGCUGUGCUGAAACACCUGAACACAGCUUUCACUGUGCUCUUCUCUGUGGAGUGUGUCCUCAAGAUCAUGGCCUUUGGCUUUCUGAACUACUUUCGAGACACUUGGAAUAUAUUCGACUUCAUCACAGUUUUGGGAAGCAUCACAGAAAUAGUGGUAGACUUGCAGUCAAUUGAGACCUUCAACAUGGGUUUCCUGAAGCUGUUCCGUGCAGCCAGACUGAUCAAGCUGUUGAGGCAGGGUUACACCAUCCGCAUCCUGCUCUGGACCUUUGUCCAGUCCUUUAAGGCUCUCCCCUACGUUUGUCUGCUCAUUGCCAUGCUCUUUUUCAUAUAUGCAAUCAUCGGAAUGCAGGUUUUUGGAAACAUCAGACUGGAUGAGGAGACUCACAUCAACCAACACAACAACUUCAAGACCUUUUUUGGUGCUCUGAUGUUGCUAUUCAGGAGUGCCACGGGGGAGUCGUGGCAGGAGAUCAUGCUGUCAUGUUUAGGGGGGCAGAAGUGUGAGCCAGACCCCUUAGCUUUAACAUCAGACCACGAGGAGCGCUGUGGAACUGAGUUUGCCUACUUCUACUUUGUCUCCUUCAUCUUCUUCAGUUCAUUUCUGAUGCUGAAUCUGUUUGUGGCUGUAAUCAUGGACAACUUUGAGUACCUCACCCGGGAUUCCUCAAUAUUGGGGCCUCACCACCUGGAUGAGUUUGUUCGUAUCUGGGGUGAAUAUGACCGAGCUGCUUGCGGGCGUAUUCAUUACACUGACAUGUAUGAAAUGCUGACCCUCAUGUCGCCACCUCUAGGCCUCGGCAAGAAAUGUCCAUCCAAAGUGGCUUAUAAGAGGCUGGUGCUAAUGAACAUGCCUGUGGAUGAAGAGAUGUCGGUUCACUUCACCUCCACCCUCAUGGCCCUGAUCCGAACCGCCCUCGAGGUGAAGAUAGCCAGAGGAGGGGAGGACCGAGGUCAGAUGGAUUCAGAUCUACAGAAGGAGAUAAGUGUCAUUUGGUCACACCUUUCACAGAAGACCCUGGACCUGCUCGUCCCCAUCCACAAAGCCAGUCAUAUGACCAUUGGGAAGAUCUAUGCAGCCAUGAUGAUCAUGGACUACUACAAGCAGAGCAAAGCCAAGAAGCUCAGGCAACAGCUGGAGGAGCAGAAACACGCUCCCAUGUUCCAGCGUAUGGAUGCGUCCUCUCUGCCUCAAGAGAUCCUCUGCAGUGCCAAAGCCCUCCCUUUCCUGCCCCACAGCCCUGGAUCUGCCCUGACCAGAGGAGGAUUUGUGGCCUUGAGUCCCAUAUCUCCUCAGGAGAUGUUCAUGCAGCCAAUGUCCCAGGACCUAGAGGACAGAGAGGAGGACUACCACAACUAUCACCACCACCACCUGCUCCACCACCAGCUCCACACACUGGUUCCGGAGCGCAAAGAGUUUAACCGCAACCUUUGCCCCACUAACAGGCAGGAUGCCCCACUCAGGGUGCCCGGGCGGGCAGUCUCUAUCCGAGCCUCCUCUAUGCCUCGGCUGGCUGUAGACACACAGGUGGGGACAGACAGCAGCAAAUCGAUGAAGCGCUCCUUCUCCACUAUUGGGGAUCAAUGUGUGAAUGGCCUGUGGCAGGAGGAGUACUCUCUGAAGAGGGUCAGUCCUGACCGUCUGAAUAGACCACGACAGAGGAGCAUCAGAGGAAUCAGGUGCAACAUCAGGGAACCAGUGGAUCAUGAGCGGGGGCGCUCCAAAGAGAGGCGUCACCUGCUGUCUCCCGAUGUGUCCCGCUGCAACUCUGAGGAGCGGAGCCAGGACCCGUCACAAGAACGCAAGCAGUCCCGUUCCCCCAGUGAGGGACGCACACAUGCCCUCCACAGACAGGGCAACACUUCAGGCAGCCCAGACCUGUCCAGCAUACCUCGCGGCCGGCGCCAGCUCCCCCAGACGCCCUUGAGGCCACGCCCUCACAUCUCCUACUCCCCCCUGGUGUGCCGAGCCCACCUCUCCCCCCCUGCUGCCAGUGAGGGCAGAGCCCGGACCCAGGAGGCCCCCGGAGAGACGGAGGAUCCCUCGUUGCGGGAGGAGGGGGAAAGGCUAGCCCCAGAGUCAGGAGCGGGGGUGGGAAUAGGGGUGGGUGGCCCAGGGUUAGGGGUCAGUCACCCGCACCCCUCACCUCACCGGUACAUCUCGGAGCCGUACCUGACCCUGCACGAAGAGUUACACAGCCCAGACUCCUCAGGCCUGGAUGAGACUCUGACCUUCGAGGCGGCCAUUGCAACCAGUCUGGGCCGGGCCAACACCAUCAGCUCUGCCCCCCAGCUCAGACACAACUGGCAGGUCCCCAACGGACACUUCCAUAAACGCCUGGGUCAGGCCAGCUCUGUGGUUGCCUGCGAGCUCUUGAGUGACACGGACGAGGAUGACCGCUGUUAGGGCCGGGACUUGUAGAAGAAGAGCAGGAAAAUGGACAGCAAAACUGGGUAUCAGAAAGACAGGGGUCCUCAGUUUGAAGCACACUGUCAGGUCGUGUACUGAGUGUGCAUCUGUACGUGUGUGUAUCUGCACUCUUAGAAAAAAGGGUUCCAAAUGAGUUCUUCAGCUGGCUCCCGAGUAACGCAGCAGCCUAAGGCAUUGCAUCUCAGUGCUAGAGGCAUCACUACAGACCUUUGUUUGAUCCUGGUUUGAACCCGAGCUGUAUCACAGCCGGCCGUGAUCGGGAGUCCCAUAGGGCGGCGCACAAUUGGCCCAGCGCCGUCCCGGAGGAUUUGGCCGGGGUAAGCUGUCAUUGUAAAUAAGAAUUUGUUCUUUACUGACUUGCCUAGUUAAAUAAAGGUUCAAUAGGAUCACCCUUUUUAGUUCCAGGGGGGAACCCUUUUGGGUUCCAGGUAGAAUCCUUUUGGGUUCCAUGUAAAACCCUCUGUGGAAAGGGUUCUACAUGGAACCCAAAAGCAUUCUACCUGGAACCAAAAAGGGUUCUUUAAAGGUUCUAGAAAGCACCUUCUUUUCUAAGAGUGUGUGUUUGUAGGAGUGCAAUAUGUUUGUCAAAUCAACAAGACAAGGAAGAUAUGGGGACUGCUGGCAUACAGUGCAAACGUUCACCAGUUGCAUUUUGAUUAAUAACAAAGUUGAAUAACUCAAGAUGUAAAGAAUGUUUCCUCACUUCUUAGACCUAUGAAACAGAGUACGUAUGUGUUCAGUACAGUGUGUAGCAGAAAAAUAGUAUGUGGCACUGAAGUAUCAGGAAUGUAUUGAAAUUGUGCUCUUUUCCUCCUGUAAGAUCAGAAGUUCUCAGUUAUUCGAUCUUUAUUGAUCAUGACACAGUGGUAGGUGUGUAGGGAUCUGAAGCAGACAUUGGUUGUCACAGACACUGUUUUAAAACAACUCUCCUCUCUCAUUUCACACUACAUCAAUGGGGUAUUUCUCAGGCAGUGACGUGAAUGGUUCCGUGUCAGUCAGCCAAUGGGGAAGAAGGUGUCACAACAGAAAUGACCGUAUGCACCAGUUAACUCACCGAUCGUGAGCUCUCACCUGAGAACAAAAAAGGUUGUUGAACAAAGUGAGAGGAAAGGCCUUUCCAUUUGUUGUAAUGUUCUCUCCAGUAGAUAUGACGAUCUAGACGAGACAAGGACCUGACCUUUCCCUGAUAGAUGCUGUACAUUUCCAGAGCUCUGGUGCUUUGAUCCCUCUAAAGUCAGGUGUUCCAGCGUCAUUUCAUGUCAAUGCUCUAGUUGUCAUUUUCAGCCUAAAUAUGUUGGGUACUUCAGUGUGUCUCUGGACAGAGGACCCUCUUCCCUGCUUUUGUCUGUCACUGUCACCUCACUGGAUUACGCAUGAUGUCCACUGUGAGGCCCUGGAUGAGGUCCAGCCCUGAACUAUAGACCCUCACUGGACAGCAGAAAAACUGGCCUCUUGUACAGAACAAUAUAGAAACAACAGACAUAGCAUGUCCAUGUGCUGGAUACUACUGAAAAAUAUAGUCUACAAAGCCAUUUGUCCUGUAAAUAGAAUCAAGUGUCUUGAGGAUGUGUUGCCUUUUAUGUCAUUAUGAAUACUAUCUGUCCUUUGAUGCAAAUUAUUUCAAUAUGGAUGUGUUUAUGGAUGAUUCCUAACUAUGAUUUAUUUGUAAGUUAACUCCCAUGGUACUCUGAAAGCUGACUGAGUCGAUUUUUGCCAACAGGUUUUACAGUGCUGUAUAAAAAGAGAGUUUUCCCUGAUACAGCUCUUUGUUGUAGCAACAUGAUCGUGAUGGUGAUGAUGACGGUUAUGGUGAUAGUGAUGAUGAUGGUUGUGGUGAUAGUGAUGAUGAUGGUGAUGAUGGUUAUGGUUAUAGAGAUAAAAUGUGCCUGCCUGUGAGUAGGGCGACUCAGAGCAGUUGAUGGAUCCAUGUGCACUCAGUGGUGUUCUCUCUCUCAUCAGACCCCAACAGAAUGAUGUUUACAUUUUGAACAGUGAUUGUCGCCAAAAAGAGAGCUUAUAUUAUAUCAUGUGCUGUGUUGUAAUUUGUUUUGUUGACAUGUUUCUGAAAUGUGAACAGGACGUAUUUGGUCCGAUGUUCUGCUGGCCUAUAUGGGCCCACUGCUGUGUGAAACAUGAUGAGUUUUAUGUUGCUUCUGAAUUUCUGGUAUAGAAAAGCGUUCUGGUAUAUAUGUAGUAUAUAUAAAUAAAUACAUGUCUA